CACUCAAAGUCGUUGUUGUCGCAGCGCGCGCGGUUCAGAUCUGGCUGAGCAGCCAAGUAAUUCACACGUCUUUUGCAUACAAGUUAUCUCCCCCCUUGGGGCAACAAACAAACAGUGAGUUAUUGUGAAGAGAGAGAGGCAGUAAAGGUUGAUUGGUUUGGAAAAAAAUAUCCAUAUCGAUACGGGUUCAAGAAUUUGUACCGGACAAACUAGAACGAGUAGAGCAGUUCUUAUAGGUGACUGUCGACACCGCAUAGCAGACUGAUUGGUUAUUGAGUGGCGCCAGUCGGUUAGAAGAGUUGCAAAAUUCCAGUGAGUUGUUUCUUCGGCAAUAACCGAGGAACCCUGAGACAUCGUUUGGACAAAAAACAUUUUUUUGGUGAGGUGAAAUUCUGGCGAAAGUAGUGAAACCCAAAGCGACCGCCAUGGACACGUUGAUGCGGAGGAACAGUUUUAACAUAUCGUUCAGCAAGUGGUGGCAUCCAAACUCGGAGAAGACCCGCACGGUGAAGAGUGGUUCGUUCGGCAGUUCGGUAGCGAUUCAGAAGCUCCGCGAGUCCAAGUGGUUCGAUCGGGGUGAGGAGCGAAUCUUUUGUGCGGUGAUCGAAGCCGGAUUCAUCGUCGAACUACGCCAUCCCGAAACCGGUGAGAGCUGGUUCGGCGUAACGGCGAUCGAGCUGAAGAAAUUGGCCAAACCGACGGCGGAGAACAUUAAAAUAUAUUCGGUGAAGCUGUCCGACAGCCACAAGCGGCUGAAGAUCUACAACGCCUCGCUGGAUCAGCUGUGGCAGCAGGGCUACCAGAUUCGCAUCAACAACCUCUGCGACAAAGCCAGGAAGGCGCACAACGUGAAGGACAUCUUGGCACAGAUCAAAUACGCCACGAAGACCAAGAUGGCCUUCCACAACAGUCAGCACUUUGCCGAAUUCUGCCGGUACGGUGACCGACCACAGGACAACCGGAAGCGACAAGUAAGUGUACUGUUGAAACGGCUCGAAGAGGCACUGAAUGGAUCGCAGACGUACUUUUGAGAACCGCAUCAAACAAACAGACAUGAAUUGAGAUCUCCGAGUGCGCCAAAUGGGGUGGAACGAACAUGGGCGCCACCAUCAUCUACUUUGCCAUGCAGAAGCAGAAGGCCAAUUCCCGAUGAGCCGGAUUAGCUUUAGAACUAGAUCUAAAACGAGAGAAAGAGAGAGAGAGAGAUAUAGAGUACUAGUCCUGGUUUCCUGGAGGCCAAGCCUC